CAAAUGUCCUUGAAUGCUGCAAGUGUGAUUGAAAGCUGCUGGUGUAACCGAAUGCAACUCGGUCCUGUCGAAUGCCGUCAAGUGUUCUACUGUCCGCUGCAAGCGAGUGCAGCCCCGGCAGCUGUCAGGAGCACAUCGGGCUCCUCCAAUGGAUUUGAAGCCGCCGUGCAAAGUGGGAGGAUCAGCCGCACAGCAUCACGGCAGCCAUCCUUUUGGCUUUGUCCGCCCGGGAAGCCAUUUUGGAAACAACAACACACUAACACACUCCCUCCCUCACUCCAGCCUCCCAACUUUCAAUCGCGUUCAAGAGCACACAGGGUCGCGCCGCAAACCAUAAAGAAGAUUUUGAUUCCCUUUUCUGAUUUUUUUUUUCCUUGGGAAAUGCCGCUGGAGGAAGUUUUGCUUGUCGCCAGUCAACAGUGGAUUUUGGCCGUUUGGGAAUCGCUGUAGGAUGAUACCGUUCAGGGAUUCGCAGUACACGGUCUAAACAAAGAAGAAUGACCAUGGAUUUUUCCCAACUGCACACAUACACGCCGCCACAGUGUGCUCCAGAGAACACCGGCUAUACCUACUCUCUCAGCUCCAGCUACUCAACGGCAGCGUUAGAGUUUGAGAAGGAGCACCACAUUGCUCCGGUGUACGAGUCGCCCAGGAUGUCACGUCGGAGCCUGCGUCUGCAAACCGUUGCCGGUCACCAUGGCAACGACAGCCUUAUGGACUACACCCAGAGCCAGAGCAGCUAUACCACCAGGAAAGAGUCACGGACUCUGCGGAGCCGAAAGCUGCAGUCCAGUUCCAACGCCAUGUCUUUCUCCCUGAGCCAAGCCGGCACGCCGAGGAAGAACCUCAGCUUCUCGGCCGUCAGCACGCCGAUAAACAGCAGCACGAGGGUGGAGGAAAGCAACGCGGCGUUUGACGCCAGCCGUCACACGGGCAUCGGGGACCAGGCUCGGCUCAGCCAGCGCACCAUCACUACGACCACAACCACGAUGACUAUCGACGGCAUCCGGGGCAGGACGUCCCAAUCCGAGCUCAGCUCGUCGAACGUCAACGGCGACGUCGGCGCUUCCAAGUCCCACGCGACGCUCGCCAACGGCUACAUCUGUAAAGACUGCUCCUGUCAUUCGCAAACGAGUGACUCCCUCAUCACUCACCCUUCACUGACAUCUUCGUCGCCAUCGUCACACGCGGAGGAAGUGUGCACCCAUGCCGGCUACUCGUCGUCACCUUUCACAAGCAUAUACUCCCGAGACCGGAGUCGAAAUAGCAAGACAGGUGUCCUAACUUCGAUGUCGAAUACGUGUGUGCGCCUGAGCAAAAAAGUCCUGGCCCCGUUUGUCUCGAUCGUCACUAUGCUAUACAGCAGCGUGCUCUGGGUGCGCACGCAAACCACAAGCGGCACGCCGGGAAGAGCGGGCGUCUUUGCAUCGUGUACGGACGCCUUGAGACAGACGGCGUCCUCCAGUCUGUCUCAAAUGUGGCUGCUCAAACGCAGGGUGACGGGCGACAGAUCUAAAGACUCUCAAGUACAAGCUCACUCGAGUUAUUGUGGGAGCAUGAAUGUCAAAGAUCUGGUGACGGAAGACUCAUCGCAUCUCAAUCUCAAUGGUUCCCUAUGUGAUGACUGUAAAGGGAAGGAGUACUCUGAGACACACGCCGUCCUCCUCACUCAGUCCUCCAGGUCUCGGCGCCUGGCGGGGGCGCUGUGGAGCCUUCUGGCUUGCACAGGUUACUACCUCCUCCAGCCGGGUCAUUCUGUGGUGAGAGGCGCUAAAGCUUUGGGCUCAGGUGUUGGGACACUGACACAGAGACUCCUCACGCUGCUGUGGACAAUUCUCGCAGCUCCAGUGAAGGCAGGCCAAGGUCUAAUUUGGGUUCUUGCCAGUGGCUGGUACCAUCUUGCCUCCCUCAUGUCUGUUCUCAACGUCUUCUUUCUGACACAAUGUCUUCCCAAACUCUGGAAGCUCCUGCUGCUUCUUCUGCCGCUACUGCUCCUCUUAGCUUGGUGGCUGUGGGGUCCGUCGGCUGCCGUGCUCCUUGGCUACCUACAGGCCAUAACCAUCACAGAGUGGCGACCUUCCUCUCCCGUCACCUACCUUUCCAACUUGAUACCAGCCUCUGUUCCAGUUUCUGUACCUCCUGCAAACCUUCCCCAGACCUCCGCUCCCGUCUCACAGAUGCCGCCAAUUGUAGCCCCGAGUUUGGACUUGGAGCGCCUCGAACGUCUGGAACGCCAGCUAACUCUGCUGUGGCAGCGAGUCCAACAGAGCGACCAGAAGCAGGAGCAGCAUCACACGGACAUAUUAGCUCUGUACUCCACCCUGAGGGAGAAACUCCACAGCGAGACCGACAGGGAGACACUGGGACUGUGGGUGUCAUCGCUGUUGGAGCAAAAGCUGGGCGUGCUGCGCGGAGAGCUGACAAAGGACCAUGCCGUCCGAGAGCAGAGCGAAGAGCAGCUCAAAGCGCUUCAAGGGAGUCAAACGGCGCGGUUAGCUGAGUUGGAAUUGCUACUCGGCGCUCUGGCUGCCAAGACUGAGGCGGUGCAACAGAAGCAGCAACAAUAUGAACUUGACAAAGAAAAAAUGAAAGUGGUCGUCGCUCCGGCUGCAGACGCACCUCCUCUUAGCAAUGUCGGAGUGGGCCAGGAGGAGCACGAUGCGUUGCAGGCGGAGGUGCAGAGACUUGAGCUGGACUUGGGAAAAGUCAGGCAGGACCUGCUGGGCGUCAUGGGAUGCAAGGGCAAGUGUGAGCAGCUGGACUCGCUGCAGGAGACGAUGUCUGCUGAGGUUUCCUCCCAAGUACGCAAAGAACUGCACGCCCUGUUCUUCGGCAGCAGCUCGUCCGGCGAGGCUCAAGGCGAAUUGCCCGAGCCUCUUGUCGUCUGGCUGGGCCAGCAUUACGCGAGCACGGGUGACCUGCGGGCAUCACUGGUCGCACUGGAGCACAGCAUCCUGAGCAACAUUUCCCGGCAGCUGGAGCUCACCCGCGCGCAGACGCUCAGCGAGGCAGAAUCCAAGGCCACGUCCAUUGUUGGCACGGUGACCGGCACGGUGCCGAGCGUUGCUUCUGCUGAGUGCCUUUCAGAAGAGCAAGUAAAAGUGAUUGCCCAGAAUGUGCUGAAGCUCUACUCGCAGGACAAGACCGGUCUGGUGGACUAUGCCCUGGAAUCUGGAGGUGGUAGCAUCCUCAGCACUCGCUGCUCAGAGACGCACGAGACCAAGACGGCCCUCAUGAGUCUGUUCGGGCUCCCGCUCUGGUACUUCUCCCAGUCCCCUCGCGUUGUCAUCCAGCCUGACAUGUACCCGGGCAACUGCUGGGCGUUCAAAGGCUCGCAGGGUUACCUUGUGAUCCGGCUUUCCAUGAUGAUCCGACCCACGUCCUUCUGCUUGGAACACAUUCCCAAAGUGCUGUCCCCCACCGGGAACAUCAGCAGUGCCCCACGUGACUUCACAGUCUUUGGUCUGAGCGACGAGUACCAGGUAGAAGGCGAGUUCCUCGGUAACUACACCUACCAGGAGGAUGGAGACUCACUGCAAAUCUUCCCUAUUAAGGAGCCCACGGAGAAGACUUUCCAAAUCAUGGAGGUGCGGGUGCUGUCCAACUGGGGGCAUCCCGACUACACUUGCUUGUAUCGCUUCAGAGUCCACGGAGAGCCGCGGCCUCAGUGAACAAACCACCACUAGAGACAAACACACUAAACAAAGAUGACCGUUGGACAUUUGUACAUAGGCAAAGGUGAUCUGAAGUUCUCCUGGAUGUUUAUAAAUAAGCGAGUGAAUACUACAAGGUGUGGAUUGUUUAAAAAAAAAAAGUGGAUUGACUGGAUAUUUUUUUUAAUGUGUGUGUGUGUGUGUGUGAGUGUGUGCUGAAAGAAUUCCAGGGACGUCCAAAAUGGAGACUUUUGAGGACAAGAACUGAAGUCCAAAUCUCUUUAUUUCCUAAGACACCUCUUGCACUGAAUGAACCUACAAGGGCACAAGACUCACAAAGCAAGCUACAAUUUUUUUUAACCUGUUUUUAUUUGGCUGGUCAUCAUGUGUCAUCAUUCAUUCCACGCCAACAGUGGAUGGGAAUGUUUUACGACAUGAUGUAAGUCACCCUUUAAGUACACAGCAACACUGCAAACCACACGAGGAGACUCGCAUAUUUACCCGCAUGGACAAAAUGUGUGGGUGUGUUUAUGGAUGGACUCUCCCAAACUUUUUUAACGUACGCUGACGGCUCUGAAAGUCAGAUGCCCGGACCUCCAUUUGGCAAUUUGGAAUGUGUGGAAUCAACGCUUGACAGAUUUUAGGUUUGGUUUUUUUCUGAUUUCCUCUGAGUAACGUUUACCUGCUUCUCAUUAUCUGAGAGCUAGACCGAAUGUAAUCUACCUUUUAUGUCCCAUCAUGCAGGCUGUCUUUUUAUGAAAUCUGCUUUUGUCAGUUGAUUUAUAUCAAAACAACCCAUCGUUAUUGUCUAAUAUUUUAGCCACUGUUUUGGGGGUUGAUAUUUUGUAUGCACUGCAGAUGUGGUCGCUUGUGGCGCAGGGCUGGAGUUUUCUUUAAUUGGGUUGACUUGUCAUUUUGAUUGAAAAUAUAAGUGGAAUGCCUAAAUUAUAUACAAAAGUUUUAUUCCAUUUUUGCUAUUUAUUUAGAGGCCAAUCUAUGACUGGUAUACCAGUUCUCCGUGUAUAUUUUGUCAAAAGCUCUUCAGUUCAUUUUGGAAGCAUCUUGGGAUUUCAUUUUUGUUUUUUAAGAAAAGACAUGGCUAUUUUUGUUCUGUCGCAAGACAAGUGCUUUGGAAAAUAUUCCAAUAAAGAACUUAAUUUUGAA